AUGUCUUUCGGACAGGGUCAAACGUCCAAGGUGCCCAAUACACCUCGAUGCCCAGUCGAGCCGGUGACCAUUGCACACAACCGUAAAGGUAAUCGUGCUGCAUUGAUCUUUCAAACGGACCCGGUAGAUACGCCCCCAGUCGCUGCGGCAGAUAAGUCGUCUGUACCAGUCUGGGCUACCGGUGGUCGACUUCAGUUAUCCAUCGAAGACUACAUUGAUUGUGCUAUGGUGGCCCAUCCGAAUGGAUUUCAAGCGCCUACAGACAAUGACACAUCUAUUCUCUCACCGAAUGUCCUAGGUCGUAAACGGUGCUGGAAUUCAGUAAUGCGGACGUGUCGCUAUUUAGAGAUCGUCUUGGAGAGUCGUCGUAAGAACUCGGUAAGUCCCAGGCGAUCGUUCAGUCCUUUGUGGUUUGAAUGA